AUGAACAUUGAGCCUGAGUCUAUUGAGGUUAGGCCUCUACAGGGAUCAGGUCAAGUGCUGGCUAUAAAAGCAGGGCACUCCCAUGGGUCUGAGGAUGGUAAGGAUAAGCUGCAUAAUCUUGACUUGGAAGCUGAAGAUAGGCCAUUGGAUGAGGCAGAACUAAAACAGAAAAGGGAAUUAAGGAGUGAAGUGUGGAAGCUUAGCAGAAUGAUGGAAUGGGAAUGGCCUCAAAAAUCAAGAUUGGAUUGGAACUUAAAAGGGGAUAGGAACACUCAAUUCUUCCAUGUUACAACAAGUUGUAGACACAAUAGAGAUGCUCUGAAUAGUAUAUCAGUUGGAGGGGUUGUGGUUGAUGAACCUGAUCAAGUAAAGCAAGAGAUGUGGGAUUAUUUUAGGAAUCAUUUCACGGAAGAUUGGGUUAGUAGGCUUGUACUUGUCGGUGAUUUCAAGAGUGUUAGUCAUAGUCAAUGUUUUGACAAAUUAGAAGCAGAAUUUUCUGAGGAGGAGAUUUGGACAACAGUGAAAGGUUGCAAUGGGAAUAAAGCACCUGGCCCUGAUGGGUUUAAUUUAUUGUUCUGUCAAAAGCAUUGGAAGAUGUUUAAAGAAGAGGUGAUCAUGUUUAUGAAAGAGUUCCACAGUAAAGGUAGGCUAGUUAAUGGUUUGAAUUGUUCAUUGAUUACUCUCAUCCCAAAGAAGGAGAAUGCAAGUAGCUUAAGUGGGAUAAACAUUUUGGAUGGGGAGUUGAUAGCAAAUGAAAUAGUGGAUGGGUGGAGAAAAUCAAAGAAAAAAGGGCUAUUGUUUAAGUUUGAUUUUGAGAAGGUGUAUGACUCAAUUAAUUGGGAAUUUCUGUUUUCAAUGCUCUCAAACUUUGAAUUUGGAGCAAAGUAG